CGCCCUCCUGUGCCGGUAGACGAGAUGGCCCUGACCGAUAAACAGCUGUACCGCAAACUAAUCUGGCAAAUUUGGUUUGGCACUAUCCUCGGAUUUGUCAUUGCCUUGUGCAUCGGUGCCGCUUUCAUUGCUGUCUUCUAUACAAAGCUUCAAGAUCUUUGGGCGCAGACAGAAGAUCUCUGGGAAGGGAUCUUCGCUCUCAUUGCCUCUGGCCUCAUCCUUGCUAUGGGCAUCGCCUUCCUGAAGCUUGAAGGCUCAUCCGCCAAGUGGCGUGUGCACCUAUCCCAUGCCUUCUCCAAGAAGGACAGCGACCGGGAAGGUCGCAGCGGCAAGUACGCCCUUAUGAUCCUGCCCCUUAUUACGGUUCUCCGUGAAGGCAUUGAGGCGAUCGUCUUCGUCGGCGGUGUCUCUAUGUCUGACAGUGCCAAAUCCAUUCCUCUGGCCGUCGUUGUUGGCCUCGUUUGUGGUGCGCUCGUGUCUUACGGCAUCUAUCGCGGUGCUGCCGCCAUUGCAAUCCGUUACUUCCUCGUCAUCUCUACCUGUAUUCUCUUCCUCGUCGGUGCGGGUCUGGCGUCUCGCGCACUCGGCUUCUUCCAGGCAUAUGUCUUCAACCAGGGCGUUUGGAAAGACGUGGAAGAGCUCGGUGAUGGUCCCGGUUCUUACCCUCCCGACUCCGUAUGGCAUCUGACCUACGGCAACCCGUUCAACACCCAGACCGGUGGUGGCUGGUCCAUUUUCAACGCCAUCCUCGGCUGGAAUAACACAGCAACUCUCGGUGCCGUCCUCGCCUACGUCUUUUUCUGGGUCUUCGUCAUCUGCACCCUGACAUUCCUCAAGUGGAAGGAAGGCCGCACUCACCUCUUCGGCUGGAAGUCCAAGGCCUACGUAGUCAGGCAACAGCGCUUCAAGGAGCGUGCUGCCGCUGCCGCUGCUGCUGAAUCCGCGAGUAUUGGCUCUGAUGAAAAGGCCUCCCUCGAGUCGCCGAUCCAAGCGUGAGAGCCCUUGAUCUAAAUGUUUCCCUUUCUAUUCCAUACAAGUUCCCAUGCUGUGUUGUACAUGAGAUGUAACACGAUGAAAAUUGAUUGAUU